AUGGGGAAGCUCGGCUUGAGACGCCGCAAUGAGCUUACGCGCAUCUACUCCGCAAGCGACGCCCAGCUCCUCGUGGUGGGCCGCCUUCAGAAGUCGAAGCUGGGAGAGGUCCAGGAUGAGCUGUUCGACAUCUUCGUGUUCCACCAAGCAGAUGCCCAGAGGGAGUUCAAAGAACGCCUGACCACGCUGAGCGGGACCAGUGCUCCCUCGCGGGUGAAGAUCCAGCAGGAGACUCUGGUCGACAAGGCAGCGAAGUCGAAGACCGCCUCGCGGAUCGCGCGAACCACCUGGGCUUUCAGGGAAACCGACAGCGGCGAACGGUUGUCCUUGUUCGUGCUCACGGAGCUGAACUUCUUCGAGCUGGAGGCAAACUUCAACCUAUGGAUUCCUAGCUCCGUCAUGGAUGAGAAGGGCCACGUCUCCGAGAACGAGUACGACGGUGGCGAGAGUGAUGAGGACGUGGGCGAGUCGGCCAAGGUGCGCACCAGCUUUUCCCACGAGAUUGCAAAUGCGGCCCGGCGAGCUCGAGCAUCGAAGUUCUCGCUCGAGAGGCGGUCGCUGGAGGAGCCCCUCCUCGCGGAGCGCGCCAGCGAGCGGCUGGCGCGGAGAUACAAGGCUCCGCCGACUGAGUGGCUGUUGGAUGGAAUCGUCACCGGAGCGCAGGCGGGUGCCGAUACACUUUGGCAGCAUUUCAGCGACCAGGACAUCGCCCAAGCCUCCAAG